AUGCAAAAGCAAUGGCAUAAUUUGAACGUUCUCCUCACGUGCUCCAAUAUAACGCCGUUCAAAGACAGGAACGACGCGGGUUAUAUAUGCGCGUACUGUUAUAAGACGUUCCCGGACCCGAACGAAUUGCGCCGGCACACCCACGUCGACCACGAUAAGGAAAAACCGUUUUACAAAGCCGGCUCCGGUAUGAGCAACUUCGUGGCGUAUUUUGAUAUCGUCGAUCUCAAAUGUACCCUCUGCGAUAAACCUUUGGACUCCAUCAGAGCCAUGAUCGACCACAUUAUUGGAGAUCACAGUAAGAAUUAUUACACAGACGUGACGGACUACUUCCAACCCUUCAAACUGACCAGCACCCAGCAGAUCAACUGCUGCCUCUGCAACGAGAUCUUCCACAACAUGAAGCUGAUGACGCAGCACAUGAACGAGCACUACAGAAACUUCAUCUGCACCACCUGUGGCGCCGGCUUCGUCAACAGCUUUCGGCUCAAUCGACACGAAACUACCCACCUCAAGAAGAAGACCAGCUAUCCAUGCCGGCAGUGCGGACAGGUAUUCUCCGCAGAGUCUAAAAGAAAGGCCCACGUUAACACGGAACACAAGGGCAUAGCCGGAGAUAGCGUGUGCCAAAUAUGCAAAGCGAGAUUCAAAAACUACUACCACAAAACAAGACACAUGUCCCAAGUCCACAAUGUCGAAGGCAUCAAGUGCGACAUAUGCGAGAGGAGGUUCAAUCUCAGAUCGAAUUUGGUGAUGCAUAUGCGGACAGUGCAUUUAAAAGAGCGGCCGUACGCAUGCUCAGUUUGCAGCAUGGCUUUCUCCAUAAAGCGACACAUGCUCGGCCACUACUUGGCCACGCAUACAAACGAAAGGAAAUUCAAAUGUGAUAUUUGUAGUAAGGCAUAUGCAACGCAGAGUAGUAAGCGAAAGCAUAUGAAAAAGAAUCAUGGUUUAAGUAAGGCGCCUAUGCUCUGUGAUUUGAACAAGUGA